ACGAGUGUAGAAUACAUGUACAUGUAUGUGCAAAUCUGCGCGCUAUAAAUGAAUGCGCCAGACUUAAACAGACAUUCACAAUUUGUGUGUCUUUCAAAAAUGAGCUCUUUGAGAUUUUGAAAAUAAGCGGGAGUUUCCAUUUUGUUUGGAGAUAACAUAAAAAUUAGGUCAUUAUAAAGGAUUAAUACACGCGAAAUUUGGUUCAUAUUCUUUCAUUUUUUGCUGUUAGAUAUAUAUAAAAAAACUGCACAUUCUUGUAGCAUGGUCAGUUGGUUACUAGAGGUUUGCACCUUCAUAACGUUAGUUGCAGGAGCAGUUGGGACUCACCUGGACCCCGAUUGUCCACGACAUAGGGGACUGCCCGAUGGUUUUCCUAGGACGGAAAACAGAAUCAGGGAUAGAGCCCUAUAUAGACUGGAUUUGAGAAGCGCUAUCAAAGGCUUUAUACCAGAGAAAGAAUACAGAUUCCGUGUACAGACCACGGCGAGAAAGUACAAGUUCAACGACGCCACGGUAACGAUUGACGCCGUGGAUGAACGCUGUGGGACCGGAAGUUGGGUUACAGAUACUGAUGAACUGUACUCGCCUCAGGGUUGCCCUUCUAUCGUAACUACGCAACAGAAACAGCCAAUGGGAAGAGCGCAUUUCAAGUGGAAAGCCCCUUCCUGUGGAUGCGUACAUUUUAGGGUACGUGUGCAUGCGAAUGCUACAUACUACAUCGAGGACGAAACUGUACGUAACGGACCUCUUGCAAGAACCAUCUGUCCCCGAGCUGGAACAGUAAAAGAGCCUGUCACCACUGUGCCGACGACGACAACGUCAGUUCUGCCAAAAGUGCUCACGAGAAAUGAACGCCUGCUGUUGCUUUGUGACGUCACGACAGAACAUAAAGUAGAAGACGUAUUGAAGAAUGAUGACUUCAUGUCCAAACGGACGAUGUCAAGGCUGAGCAGUUUUGAACUUGAAAGACUUCAUAUUGCUGUAGAAAGGCGCCAUCUAGAGAUACUGAGCUGCUGCAAUUUGGAUACUGAACUGGACAAAUUUGAAUGCUUCGGAGAUAUAAGGCGUGUAAAGAUAGACACAUUUUGUGGAAGUGGAGAAUCUGAUAUUCCCCUAACGAAGACGAGAUACGAUUGGAUAAAACAAAAGCAACCCGAAUGCUGUCCACAAAUCGGUGAAGCUCGUUACAGAUGUUUUAAUCACACCCUGCACGAGGAAGACAUGCUGAAAGACGGACACGCUCACCAUUCGUCUAUAGACAUGGACGAUUUUGAUCCAGUGAAUUAUGUAGAGGAUUAUCCACAAGCAGAGGAAAUAAGAACGAAAUUUUCAAAAAUAAUAGAUCAGACGACAAAGAUGGUACCAGAAAAAUCAGAGACAAAUCAUAAAGUGCAAUACAAAAACGUUGAAGAAUCUCAAGUUGUGAAAUCCCAAAAUAAUGGUUCUGAUACGAAUAUAGAUGACGAUGACAAUCAUAAUGAUGAUGGUGAUGAUGAUGAUGAUAAGCGUAACCAAGCUGAUAAACACAAAGAUGAUAGCGCUAAUUCUAAGGAAAAGCAUGACGGCGAGGGUGAUAAUGAUGCAAACGACGAAAUGAGUGACGAAACUAAAGAAGAUGCUGCUGAAAAUAGAUCUUUGUCUAUUGAAGAGUGUUGUAUGAAUGGAAUAGACGCUGGUACCCGUGUUGCAGCGGAGGGAUUUGAUGGAUGUUUCAGAAUGGCGGACAAAUUUGACUCGUAUUUUACCAAUUGGCACCGAAAGUGCGACCGCCAUUUUGUUGUAUGCUGCAUGAGAGUUAUUGACGGGGACUUUCGAGAAGUUCCUAAAUUUCUCGAUCUUCGAAAAUUACUUCUACCUCACAAACAUGCAUGUUUCCAUGGAAAACUAUCGAUGAAUGGGUUAAAUACACACCCUGGCAUUCAAACUUCGCCAUCGUCAUUAAAACUAUUGAAAAAUAAAGAAGAAAAAAUGAGAACGAAACGAUUAAGAACAAAUAGUCAAAAUGAGAUUGUAAAAUUAAAAGACGUCAAGAGCCGUUCGCAACCAACAUACACUUCGUUUUACUUGGUUUCGAGACGUAAAGUAAGACAUAAUCAGAAAAACCUUAGAAAAAAGUACAACAGUUAUUCCAAAUUUGAUACUUUGAAAAGAAAGACGUCAAAGUUAAGCAAUCUGAAUCGAGUUCACAAACAAGGAUUCUUGAGGAACGAUUGACCACUGCGAGGCACAAUGUUUGUUCUAGGAUAAAAAUAAAACGAUUGAGCUCUACGAAAAGAUCACUGGUAUAAGAAGACUGCCAAGCAGUAGGAAUAAUUGCGAAUGAAAAUGAUAUGUCGUUAUCAUCCUUAGAAGAACUGGAUGAACCUGGCUUCAACAUUACAAAAUCGUGUUUGGAGACUAGUCGCGGAAUACAUUAUUGCCGUUGGCCAAUUUCAUAUCUGAGCUUAAAAACAGCCAAUCAGAUUUACCUGUGUGAGACUGUCUCUAGGUUUGUACCUUCGAAAAGCUGUAUACCUUGAAGCCCAUUGUAUUUUGGUGCAAUAUAUAUAUAUAUAUAUAUAUAUAUAUAUAUAUAUAUAUAUAUAUAUAUAUAUAUAUAUAACAUGCGUACAUAUUCUGUUCUAUUUUGGUAUAGCAUUUGCAUUUGUGUUAGAUGCGUGCAUAAUUUGUCUUUUAUUUCUCAAAUACUAAAUUGACAUCUUAACUGCUUGAAUAACAACAAAAGUUCAAUUCUUGUGGUUGCCAUUUAUUGCAUAUUGAUUCAUUUGUUAAAUAUCAUUUCACGCACCUGCACAAAAGGUUAUAUAUGUUUUUUUUUAUUUAUUUGAAUACUUGCUGAUGUUCAUAUUUGUUUCAUACGUAAAUCAUGCGUACUUAAAGCUACUCAUUCGCAGAUAGACUGAAAAUUUUCAGCACUGUUUAACAUAAUGUAUAGUUUAAUAUACGGAUGAGCUGAAGAUCAAAGGCUUGCUUUUAAUGCUAUAAAAAAUAAAUGUCAGAAAUAAGAAUAUUUAAUUUUACCAAAUAUCUGUGAAUGGGCCGCUUUACGGAUACAUUUUCAGCAAAACAUAUUUCUGUUUUGACAGCUGACCGGUGACGAAUAGUUGUAACUUGUAAUACUCAACACAAGACAGUUUGAUUUAUGUAUUUA